AGCAGGAUGGUCUUGUCAAUGCAGAAACACCCAGACACAGAAAAAUGGAAGGAGAAGACGUCACACUUGAAUGCAGGUUCCUUAUCAGUGGAAGCAGGAGGCUCUUCUGUAAGGAAGAAUGUGAAAAGGGAAACAUUCUGAUUAAUACAACUGCUGACACAUUUCAGAGCGACAGAUACAGCAUUCAAUAUUUCAAAAAAAAAAAAUUUAGUUAUGAUAUUAUGUAUGUGAGCAUCACACAGCUGAAACAGUCUGACUCAGGAAGGUACAAGUGUACUUUGGACAGCACUUUGAACCCAGAUUAUUUUGAGAUAAUUGUCACUGAAGCUGUAAAAACUUCAACACCAGGCUCUACUCCAAAGGCUUUUUCAUCAUCAACCUUUCUCCUAUCAACCUCAACAACAGCAACAACAGCAGCAACAACAACACAAAGUUUUAACUUCAGUUUAGAAAGCGCUACAUCUACAUCCUCCUCCACUGAAAUCCUGAACCCUUCUGAGACACCUGCAGGUCCAGAUAAGCCGCUUUAUGUGAUUCUGAUUCUGGUCAUUAUGAUCACCCUCUUAUCAGCCGCUUUGCUGAUUUUCUACAAGAAGAUGAAGGCCAUUAAACCUAAAGGACCUCCUGUAGAAACAGAAUACGCCAAUAUCACACAGAAUAACCGAUUGUGUGAAGAGAUAAGAGACGGUGGUUCACCUCCUGCGGAAGUGUCUUCAGCUGAUGCCUUUCCCAAAACCUGCCAGCGAGCUGGAGUUGAAAACCUUGAACUUUACAGCCUCAUCACCUAUUCUCAAAGUAAAGCUGAAAAUGACACAGAUGAAGUUGAUUACACUGAAGUGGAUUUUUCCCACAUUUCUGUAACUAACAGCACCCUCUGUGGUAAAUCAGGUGAUGUUGUCUACUCCACACCUCAGAUACAUGCUAGCCCCAGGAACCAUGUUAAAGAUGCUUCACCUCCUCUGUACUCUAUAAAACCAAAACUGAAAUAAAAUACAAACUGAAAAAAGCGCAACACCUGAAGAGUCUUGCACUGUCACUGCAAAGAGAAUAGAGGUUGCAGAGGGGCGUAACAAAGUGUUUGAGAAGGGUUUUUUCACAAAUGAUUCAAAGUUUAACUUGGAAGCCACGGUGAAUGCAGUGUGAAACAAAAGACUUCACAUGAUGUGAUGAUGGAACAGAAUAUUUAUGUUUUAUUUACACUUUGUAUGCAGUAAAUUUUAUCCGACUGGAUGUUUAGUUUUUUGGAACGAAGCUUGUUCUCAGUAAAAGCUGUUUGUUUAUGUUGUUUUGUACUAACAGUAGUUUUAUUUGAAAAACGACCUAUACUGUCUUCUUUCAGUUUGGUUCUGUAUUCUUAUUUCACUGUUCUUAUUUCAUAGGAAACAUAUUGUACAGUGGGCUGAAUUCAAAAGCCAGUUUAUCUGAUUGAUUAUGUUCACUAUGUAAAAAAUUAUCUAAAUCUAAAAUAUGCAGUCAUUGUCAUCAAAAUAUUUUUGUUAUAAACCUGCGGUGAGUUAUAAAUAUUUUUAAUAACAGAGUAUCGAUGUUGACCUUUGUGUCCCUCUGGUGGCUACUUCUUUAACCUUGCACAGUACACAGUACUUUAAUGAAUGUUACACUAUGUUCCUGAACUUUUGCCUCCUACUAAAGGCCUCUAGUGCAAAAGAGGAUUUCCUGUACUACAAAGUUUCACUUCUUAAAGUUUACCAGGGUAUAUCACCAUGGUAACUGGUAUUAAACCUAACCUGCCCUGGAGCAGGUAUUCUUCUAGAGCUGAUCAGAUAUGAAAUAAUUCCCUAACGACCAGUCAGUUCAACAGAUGUUGGUUUCACCGUUGCUGAAAGAUGAGUGUAAGUUUACCAGUACACAUUUUAAAAUAUCCUCUUUCCCUAAUGACUAUGCUUAUUUUAAUCCCCCCACUGGUUACAAACAAUUUUAUGCAUUUAUUUACUUUUUGUUUUUGUGAACUUCAGGAAUGUAUUGAGAGGUGUCCUUCUUUAAAACAGGAAGCUGAUGACUCAGCUAAAGGUUGAGUCACCUGUCAUCUCAUGUUCUUCUGCAUUUCAUUUUGAACUCUGUUUUAUUUUAAUCCUUGCUCUCAGACAGUUGAAGACCACCG